UAUCUACACCCGCCAUCUCUUAAAUUUUAUCGAGGAGAUUAUUAGCAAAGAAUAAACUCUAAAUCUAAAAAGAUGCCAGUAAACUCUGGAAGAAAUAUAAGAAAGAAGAUACCUGUGAGGGAAAGAGGACCCGGACCCGAACGUUACGAACUGCCCUCUACGUUGGGUUAUCAGGCUCAUGACUGCACCAGACCGAAGCAGCCUGCCUACACUAUAGGCAAACGACUAGAACGAGCCCAAACCACGAAUCCUGGUCCGUACUACGUGGAUCCUAGGAUGACCAGAACUGGAAUGCACGCUGCCCCCGAGUACACAAUGGUUGCACGGAAGGAUAUUAAUAUUCCCAAAACCCCUGGCCCCGGGCAUUAUACAUGCAACACUGAAAACAUCGAACCUCAAGCCCCUCAGUAUACCAUCAGAACUAGAACUAAACUGCGUCGCAAGGAUCCAAUCCUGGCUCCCGCUACCUACACGUUACCGCCUAUACUAGGCAACAAACAAUUUCAUAAGUCCACGGCUCCAGUGUGCGUCAUAGUGGAUCGCCCAAAGGUCGGCGGUUACUUGGUGGAUAUGGGCGAAUCUCCUGGACCCGGGAAGUACGCCGCCACCAAUCCCAAUGUGAACACCUCCAUGGCUCCUGUGUACACAAUGAGAUCUAAAUGCCACCCUCCUGGUGAUAGUGACAAACCCGGCCCUGGAGCAUACAGCCCAGAGAAAGUGCGCUAUCGCCCCCAGGCUCCCAAAUUCUCAUUUGGAAGUCGUUACUCAGAGUCCACUUGCGUUUUUAUUGCAUGAUUAAGGGGGAAUUAUUUCAACUAUAUGUGCGGCCGUACUGUUUGUCCCUAAGUAGACAAUUUCUUUUUCAAAUGAAAUAGAUUGGAUAGCAGUUUGAUUUUUGUAAAUAUAAUAAUUGUUGUUUUUAAGUAAAUUAAUGAUUGAAAAUAACAAUGUUGCUUUGUGUAGUGAUCUCUUCUAGGUUGUUAUCACGGAAUGGAAAUUUUAAGAUUUAUAAUUGUUCUCUGCCUAUCACUCUAAGAACUGCCAUUUUAGUAUAUAUU